CGUCCGCACUUUGCAUGUCCUGCAGGCAACUGAGACGCACUGAGGAUGGAAAACCACUUCCUGUUAGUUUCAGUCGCUGCGGCACAUCGAUGCUUCCCUGAAACACCGAGGACUGCAGUUGUUGUUGUUGUUUGCAGGAACAUGAUGUGGACGUUCACUCUCCUCUACAUCCUGGGCCUAACCCUCUGCCAGGCGUCUGGACAAGUCCCGUCCACACAGAUGUAUUAUGUGAGGCUGACAAUAGAGAACAGUGCGAUCCCGAAUAUCACCGGGAAACUGGGGGAGACGUUUGUGAAGGAGACCAACCUGCAGGUGAACAACCUCAUGAUGACCACAGUGUGUCAGAGCGAUGCAGGCAGCAGCGAGUGCAACUGCUCGCCUAACUUCAGAUGGAGCGAAAAGGACUGCGAUCUUCAGGAGAAGUGCACUUUCCCGAAAGAUCAGACCCGAAUGUGUGUUCAUAACGAUGCAGUUGCGAUCAAUGGAUUCCUUCGAUUGGAAGGAACAGCUUAUCAUGGCUGCCUGAAACCAAAAGACAGCGCGGAAUAUAAGGAGUGUCAUGAAGACUUGUUUGUUGAGAUGAAGAAGGUGUACAGCACUUUGCCGGGAUUUGACACGUUAAGCAUCACCAGAUACAGGGUUGGGAGCGUCAUCGUUGAGUUUGCGUUGACCGUUGCUCAAAAAAUCGGACAACAAGACUUGCUCGACAAAUCAGAUAAACUGACCAGUAAUGUGAAUGCAUCUCUGGAUCUGGAGAGUUCAGGUGUCAUCAAGUUAACCAUGCCUGCCAGCCCGGUGUGUUUCUGCACGAAGCCCCUUCUUAGCUGUAAGUUACAGGAGCCCCUGGACACACUACCGGUGUGGCAGCUGAGCCGAGACCGGAGGGUGACGGAGAUUUUUAACGGCACCGAGGCCGAAGUGUCUUCUGAACCGAAAGAAACCAAACUCAAACUCCUCAAAAUCUCUGAACUCUGGGAAGGCGUCUAUUCAUGUUCCUAUCAUCAGAAGAAGAACGACCUCACCAUUUCCCACCAAGCCAGCGCUCUGAUGGACCUCGCCCUCCUGCCAGACAUCCUCAUCAGCACCGAGCCGGCGUUCCCGAAAUGUGAUUCGCCGGAGGAAGUUCUGAGCGUGAAAGUGAUAUGUGAGAUCGAGAAAAACACGGAAAACUACACGGUGACGUGGGCCCACGAAAACCUCUUCAAUGCGGUUCCUUCUGAAGAAACUAAGAAAACGUUUACAGCCGAAGCGAUCGUCACCUGUAAAGAAUCAGGGGUUCCUAAUGUCACGUGCACGUUUGCGAACCGCUGCAAUGACACUAGACCAGCGACUGUGGAUAUCAACAUCAUAUACAAAGGUGAUAAGUUCUGUCCGGCUGAAGGAGAUUGGGGCGACACCAAGGCUGGAUUCACCGGCAGAUUAAAAUGCAAAGGAGCGACUGGACACAGAACGAAGAAAUGCACAGACGGGGAUCCGCCCACUUGGGAACCUGAAGUUUCAGCUUGUGUGAAUCGGGACCUGAAUGAUGUGCUGAAGAAUGCAGAAAACUCGGACAUCGGGCUCGGCUCUCUGGAUGAAAACGCAGCCGACGUCUUUUCUCAGCUCGAUCAGGUCACGAACAACUCGCAGAAAAUAAACUCGUACGCCAACCUCAACGCUUCGGUCCAGGUCCUCUUAAGUCUGAGCAACAAAAUCAACAGCAUCAACAACGACACCACGGCCAACGACUUCUUUGAUUCCUCCAGUAAUCUUCUGGAGGAAUCUCUCAAAGUCUCGUGGACGAAGACGUCUGGCCAAGAGAACAUUUCUCUGGCGGAGAGAUACCUGAGCUCCGUGGAGAAGCUGAUCGUCGCCACAAACGUGACCCAAUUGAAGAAGAAGAAAAACAUCGAGGUGAUGGCGACCAACUGCACGAAGCAAAACACCAAAUGUUACCACAAGGUGUUCAACGUGUCCGUAAUCCUCAAAAGCUCUGACCCGGGAAAUGUGAAAACGGCCGGCUUCAAAGAGCUGGAGAAGUAUUUACCGCAGAAAGACAAAACGCUGGAAUCGAACAGCAUCGUCGUGUCAACGACGAUGGAGAAGAAGACCUCGUCCGUGGAGGUGGAGAUUCGCUUCCCGUUGUUGAAAAAGCGGCCUCCCCACGUUCUCAUGAAGUGUGUCGCGUGGGAUAAUUUCACCCACGAUUGGUCUGAAGACGGUUGUAAGUGGAGCGGAGCGUCAGAUGAAGGACUCUGUACCUGCAAACAUCUGUCCUCCUUCGCCAUCCUGAUGCAAAGGUAUCCUCUGAAGAUCGCCGGACUCCAACAAGUCACCCAAGUUGGUCUCUCUGUGUCCGUAGUUUCGCUCGUAAUCUGUCUCAUCAUCGAGGUAUUGGUUUGGAGCUCCGUGGUGAAAACAAACACGUUGUACCUCCGCCACAUGGCUCACAUCAACAUCUCGCUGUGCCUCCUGGUGGCAGACAGCUGCUUUUUGGCGUCCAUGGACCCCGAAAGUGUCUCCGAAUUGUGGUGCCGUAUCUUCGUGGUGCUGAAACACUUCUGCUUCCUGUCCAUGUUCUUCUGGAUGCUGUGUUUGAGCGGCAUGUUGCUUCACCAGGCCGUCUUUCUGUUCCACAACGUGAGCAAGAGCACCUACCUGAGGCUCUCCAUGUUCCUCGGGUACGUCUGCCCGCUGCUGAUCGUCGUCAUCACGUUCCUGGUGUAUGACGGAGGCAUUGAAGGCGAGUAUUUCUCCAAAGAAAGUUGCUGGUUGUUGUACGAGGGACUCAUGAAGGGCUCCAUCCACACCUUCGUUAUCCCCGUGGGAAUUAUCGUGUUCGUGAACGUUCUCUCCAUGAUGGUGGUGAUCAUGAAGCUGCUCGAUCACCCAAAGAACGCCGAGCGGACCAAUGAUAGCGAGAAGAAGGCGGCCGUCACAGUGAUGCGGUCGGUGAUUCUGCUGACGCCCAUCUUCGGGAUCACCUGGGUGUUUGGGUUCGCUGUGAUGUUGAUGGAUCUCACGUCUGGACCCAUUGCUAUAACAGUGAACUACCUGUUCACGCUGCUCAACGCCUUCCAGGGUUUGUUCAUUCUGUUAACAACAUGCGUGAUGGACAAAUCGACCCGAGAAGCACUUGGGAAACGUCUGAAGACAAAUGCUUCAGCCCCGACCUCCAACAGCACCACAAAGUUAGAAAGCACUUGGAAGAAGUGAAAAUGAUCCUAAAUAUGUCUCACAUCAAAACACACAUUUUACAAACAAUAUAUCUGAAUAGGCUUCAAGUUCGUACAUUUUUAUAGUUAUUACUUUGAUGUAUUCCCUGAUAUAUGAACACUGUGCAAUGCUUGUUUACCUGAUUAGUUUUUUUACAGGAAAUAUCUCCAGCUUGUACUGAUUGAUUUUGAUUUAAAACGUCCUUUUAUUGCGACAUAUUGUUUGGUAAACACUGUUUAUUACAUCUUUCUAGGAUUAUAACCUAUAACCUCGUAAUGUAUAAUUACCUUAUUAGCUUUGUAUGUAUUAUUAUUUGUUAUAUUAAUGAUUUGUCUCUGUCUUUUGGGGUUUUGGUUUCCUCAGAUUGUCUUUACUUGUCAUUUUUCAUGCUUUUUUCACAGUUGAACGACUUAUUUCCAAGAUACAUACAUGAUUUAAUACGGAGCUGUUGCAGGAUUACUUUGUGUAGAAACUCACUUCUGUAUAUCUGUGAUUUGAAUCAUAUGAGAGGAAGUCGACUGAGAUGUUCUUGAGUUCAAGAAAGCGCUAAAUAAAUAGAUUUUCACCCAAAAACUAUUCAUUCAAACUUAAAUGUUCUAUCGGUGAAGCAAUACAAAUGUUUGUUUCUUAACACUGUGUACGGUAAAGGGAUUCCUGUUUGUUUCAGUGACUUUUUAAGCAUAUUUUGAUGAUUACCGGGAGGAAUAUAAUGACUUUCAUAAAGAGCCUACGCCAGUU